AUGGCCAGCGACGAUGAGACAGUCAAUGAGCCGAUUUAUAUUGGUCUUGGCCUGCUGGCCAAUGAAACAGUUUGCUAUCCCACCACAUUGAUCUCCUCAGGCGGGAUAUGGACAGGAGAUAAUCCUAGUAACUUCGCUUUACCAACUUUUAUCUACCAGACUAUUGUUAUGCUAUGCUUGAACCGCCUCAUUGUUUUCUUCCUCCGCCCUAUGCGCUUUCCUCGUGUUGUCGCCGAGCUAUUGUCCGGGAUAAUUAUAGGUCCAUCAAUGUUAGGAACUUACGGUGUGUUCGUUGCAUAUGUCAUGCCAAAACGAAGCGUGAUAUUAAUGGAAUUGAUGUCGACUAUUGGCAUGACCUACUACGUUUUCCUUCUCGGCCUCGAGAUGGACCUCUCCAUUGUGAAGUCCAACUUCAAGAUGGCCCUUCCUAUAGCCAUUAUGGGUAUGUUGCCUCCCUUCUUCGUAGGUUGUGCCUUUUCUUUCAUGCUUCACAAGUACACCACAAUUGGCUCCGGAAACUUCCUCAUCAUCUUCUCAGUUGCUCUCUCCUCCACCAGCCUGCCUGCACUUGGGAGGACUCUCCAGGAAUUCCGCCUUUUUGACUUGGACAUUGGCCGGCUCAGCAUUUCGGCAGCCUUGAUCACUAAUACAAUCUCUGUUUGUCUCGUGGUUAUCGCUAUUUCGAUAGGUCAGAUGCAGGGUUCUGUCUUCCCGGGCUUCAUGGUGAUACUCUCAUUUGCAGUCUUUGUAUCGUUGCAAGUAUUCCUGAUCGGUCCGGGAGUCACAAAACUGAUAAUGUGGCAUACUGAGGAAGACAGCUUAAGCGAGAUAGCCAUGUCUCUGGUUCUAGCAGGGGUUAUGAUGUCGGCGGUGGUGACAGAUGCUAUUGGAAUGCAUGCUUUGGUUGGGGCUUUCACGUUCGGCUUGGUCAUCCCUUAUGGCCCUUUCGCUAUGAGCCUGAUAGAUAGACUAGAGGACUUCGUAUUAGGCUUUUUGGUGCCAAUUUUCUUCAUGACCAGCGGACUCAAGACGAAUUUGAGCAAGAUCCAGGGCGCAUCGACGUGGGGAAUGUUAAUCGUGGCAGCCGUAACUGGGGCAGCCGGAAAAGUGGCUGGGACCCUGUUUGGUGCCGUCUUCUAUCAGAUGCCCAUCAAGGACGGCCUGAGUCUCGGUUUGCUAAUGAACACGAAACCCGCUAUUGAACUGAUUGCUCUCAACAUUGGUAAAGACCAACACGUGAUUGACGAUAUCACCUUUGCUAUGAUCGAGGUUUUGGCCUUAGUGAUGACUGUCUUCAUCAUGCCGAUAGUCACGACCAUUUACAAGCCGGGAAGGAAGUUAGUUCAUUACAAGAGAAGGACUAUUCAAAGAACAAGAGGGGAUGUUGUACUGCGAGUAAUAACCUGCAUUCACAACCCUCGGAAUGUUCCAACCAUAGUUAACCUUCUUGAAGCUUCACACCCGACCAAGAGAUCGCCUUUAGCCAUCAGCACCCUUCACCUCAUUGAGCUCACCGGACAUGGAUCAUCCACGAUCAUAGUCCACGGAACAGAGAAAUCAGAGCACCCUAUAAUCGAAAGAGUUAGAGGGCAAUCUGAGAACAUAAUCAACGCAUUCCAUAACUUCGAACGUCAAUCACAUUUUGUCUCUGUCAAGAAUGCCACAGCUAUUUCCCUCUUCCCCACAAUGCACGAACAGGUUACCAACUUCGCGGAGGAAAUGCGUGCUGCUGUUAUCAUUGUUCCUUUCAACAAACAAACCAUUGAUGAUACGGAAUCUUCAGAUCUCAAGACCAGGGCCUUCAAUGAAAACCUACUAGCGAAUGCGCCCUGCUCAGUCUGCAUUCUCAUUGAUAGAGGAAUGACCGGAUCUACAAAAGUGAAAGGCAAAAAGGUCAGCCACCAUAUAGCAUUGUUGUUCUUUGGCGGACCGGAUGAUAGAGAAGCGCUAUCAUAUGCAAUGAGGAUGUCAGAGGAUCCUGCAAAUAAUCUCACGGUAAUUCGAUUCCUUCCUGGAAACGAUGCUGUCAAGACGGCAACAAUGGAGAAAAACAAGAGCGGCGUUGGGAGUCUAACCUUACAAAUCGACAAAGAGAAAGAGGAGCAACUCGACGAAGAUAUUCUAAACGAGUUCAAGAUGCUCAAAACGAAUGACAAAUCCUUCACUUACAAGGAAAUGUUCGUGAACAACGGAGAGGAAACCCUGGCGUCGAUAAGAACAGUGGACAGAAUACACGAACUGUUCAUAGUCGGUAGAACGCAAGAAACGUCAUCGCUACUAGUUGCAGGACUCAGCGAAUGGAACGAGUUCCAAGAACUCGGAAUCAUCGGCGAUCUAUUAUGCUCGGCCGAAUUCAUGUCAACAACUUCUGUGCUGGUUGUACAACAAUAUCUAGGUGCAGGCGCUCACGAUGACGGCAUUAGAACACCAGACAACGUAGCUAUUGAAGAACAGUUUAUGAAUUGAUCCAAGUAAUUUGUUCAUAGUUUUUACAAUUAGACCUUAGAUUCAUUUCUUAUCCAAAUACAGUCAAAUCAAAGUUAGGAAUCCUAUGUAUUAGCCAUUUCCUUCUUCCUAAACUUCUCAUAUGCAUUGAAUUUUGAC